AUGAGAAAAAAUGAAGACGACACGCCCCUUCAAGAUAAAGAAACCGAAGGAUCCAUCACCGACUGGAUCUCGGGAGGACCGAUGGGUUCAAAAACAGCCGUACUUGUAUUCAGAUCCUGUGUCCUGGCAUCCAGGACACCCUCCAUGGAGUCCACAACGAAGACAAUAGGCAACAACACGGGCACUACAAUACUGCUAAAUAAAGCUAAGAAUAUGGCUAGGCGGUUAGUCGCAGAACCUCAUGCUUUCUCCAUGAGGCCAAAGCAUAUAAUGCACGAUGUUAUGGAGACUUUUGGCAAUACCAAUAAGUUUAAUGGUCAGGCUUAUGUGGUGCAGCAUGUUAGCGAUUCGAAUAUUGCAGAGAGUGUCAUUGUUGAGGAGCAGGGGCACGAAGCUGUGGAGCACAAGCGAGACAUUGAUGAUGUUCUCAAUGAUCUUAGUAAAAUUACACUAAAGAAACACCUUAAUAUAGAGAAUACGACGGCCAAUAUAAAGCCCCCUGAGGAACCACCGCCGCCAUCAGUUGCUACAACAGUAAUAGAUAAUAAAGAAGAAAAAAAGGGGAAAAGAACUAAAGGUAAGCAUAAAAGAAAGAACUCACAGCAAGUGGUGCGCACCGCAUCGCCAGGAGACGAUAGUGAUGACUCUUCACAUUUACUGAUCAAGGAAGUGGAGAGUGUUAAGGUCCUAGAAAGCAGCUGCAUGCCGGCACGUAUACUUAAAAUAACAUAUAAACUGAUAAAUACGGAAACGAAACUCCUUCACCGUUUGCUGCAAGCACAUGGUCUCCAGGAAACAGUAUCUGAGGCUAAGGAUUUCAAUCUACUGUGGUCGGGCCUCCACCCGAAACCAGACGUCCUAAGAACCUUGGCUUCGUAUCAGCGAGUAAAUCACUUUCCAAGGACCGUGCUGACUGCUCUGCUGAAAGGCCAUGGACUGGAAAAAGCAAAAGAAGGGGCCACCGACUGGCAUCUCUUGUGGUCCUUCUUCUCGAUCCCCGUUGAAAUUUACCAGUCGUUGAAAGAGUACCAGAGAGUUAAUCAUUUCCCGAGUAGUUCGCCGGGGGAAACGCUGGUGACAGCACUUCUAGACGGUCACGGGCUGUUGAAGGCGCACGAAGAAUCCCCAGAUUGGACUCUAAUGUGGUCCGUAUUCUGUAUCCCCGUCGCAGUUCUCCAAGAAUUGAAGGAGUACCAGAAGGUCAAUCACUUGCCAAGAUCGUACGAACUCACUCGCAAAGAUAAACUGUUCAAGAAUAUAGAAAAGAUGCAAUACUUCAGGGGGCUGAAACAGUUUGACUUCAUACCUACGACUUUUCUCAUGCCAGCGGAAUAUAAGGAGUUGUGUUCCACUCACUACAGGACCAAAGGACCCUGGAUUGUGAAGCCGGCAGCAUCGAGCCGGGGUCGGGGGAUUUAUAUUGUUAAUGCACCGGAACAAAUUCCAAAAGGGGAAAACGUUGUGGUAGCAAAAUACAUCGACAAACCUCUCUUGAUUGGAGGUCAUAAAUGCGACCUUCGUCUGUACGUGUGCCUCACUUCCAUAGACCCCCUACUGAUAUACCUCUACGAGGAGGGCCUCGUGAGGUUCGCGACGGUCAAGUACGACAAAACCAAUAAGAAUCUGUGGAAUCCUUGCAUGCAUCUUUGUAACUACAGCAUCAAUAAGUACCAUACGGAUUAUAUCAAGUGCGAUGAUCCAAAUGCAGGCAAUAUAGGUCACAAAUGGACUCUGUCAGCUUUACUGCGGCACCUUCGGAAGCAAGGGCGGAACACCACCGCCCUGAUGGUGGCCAUUGAGGACUUGGUGAUCAAGUCUAUACUCUCAUCAGCGCAGACCAUCACGGCUGCUGCGAGGGUGUUUGUGCCUAACUUCUUUAAUUGCUUCGAACUCUUCGGCUACGAUAUUCUGGUCGACGAUAUGUUGAAACCGUGGCUGAUUGAAAUCAAUUUAUCUCCAAGCUUGGCGUGCGACAGUCCGCUGGACGCGCGCGUGAAGUCGGCGCUGCUGGCUGACACGCUGACGCUGGUGGGGCUCCCCGCCGUGCCCAUGAGCAAGGCCGACUCCGCCGAGAGGAGCACCUCACUCAAGAUGAGGAUCGGAGCGUGUCGUCGCGUCCACUCGGCUGAAAACGUGUUCGUUCGCGGCAAACGCACGGGCUCGGAGGGCGGGUCUGGGGGGCAGGCUGCGGGCGGCGGGGGUGCGGGCGCGGCCGUGGGGCCGGGCGCGGGCGUAGGCGCGGGCGCGGGUGUGGGGUCGGGUGCGAGCUCGCUGGCCGCGCUCACGGGCGAGGAGCUGCGCCUCGUGCGCGCCGUGCGGGCGCAGUACGGCCGGCGCGGGGGCUUCGUGCGCAUCUUCCCCAGCCAGGACUCCUGGCAGAAGUACUCGCAGUACCUCGAUCCAGUGACAGGUAUUCCGGUGUGCUCGACGUCGUUGAACAACAACAUGCCGUACCAGGUGGUGCAGCACAACUACAACCUGCUGGUCCACUCGCACGUGCUGCCCCACUUCCAGCACGCCACCGUCGCCACCAGCCUCACUGACACUCCACAGAGGUUGAAACGCUACGAGGCCGUGAGCAUCACGUGCCAGGCGCCGGCCGUGUGGCUGGGCGAGCAGAGCCCGCAGCACCACGACACGCGCCGCGCCAAGGAGCUCGUCAAGCGACAACUCCUCGACGGGAUGAAACUCACCAUGGGCGAGGGCCGGCGCGCGUUCGGUCUGUUCCUGACGCACGUGCUGAAGCGCGUGUCGAGCCCCAGCAACGAGCUGGCCGUGGCGCACGCCGCGCUCGUGCUGCGCUUCCUCAAGCGCGCCGCCAGCACCCUGCGCAUGCCAUACAACGUCAAGGGUCCACCUACGAAGAUGUGCGACAAGGACCGGUGCGCCGUCAUCGCCAAGCAACUCAACGACUUUCUGUACAUGUACUACAGAGAGACGGACCUCUAUACCGACAGCGAAGACAAGGAAGGCUGCGUUUCCAAUAUACAUUUCGCUCAAUUUCUGUAUUCGGCUAGUGAGGCCGACCUAGAAGAUGUACUCCUCCUUCAGCUGAAGAUGGAGAACUACCAGACGACAUUCCUGGGCGAUCCUCGGAACAUGUUCUGCGUGGACCUGCCGCCCGCCAAGCUCUGCGUGGAGCCGCCUGCGAGACACACGCUACUGAAGCACCUCGCCUGGUUGUCACCAAUCAACACUAGGAAAUAUAGAUAUGAAUGGGCGUGCUGGAUCGCGAACGCUGCGAAGAUGGGACCGUCACUAGAGGCUUCAACUCGGGAAACAGACGACUCGUCGGAACUACCUCCCCCUUCACCCACCUCCAACUCCGACGUGGUCGUGAAAGAUUCUUUGAAAGAAGAAAAACCCCUCACACAAGCACUGAGAUACGCCCGUUCAUAG